AUGCAAAGGGCUCGGAGAGCACGCCCACCCGCCCACCCUCUCACCCGUCGGGCGCGGCCCAGCGCGACCCGCAUCCGCCCAGACCCCGCCGGCCGCCCGCGGCCCCAGCUGGCCCCAGCUGAUUGCAGGCACGUGACGCCGCGGGCCAAUCGGGAGGGGCCCGGCCGAGCGCGCCGCGGCCUCCUCCCGCACCACAAACACCGGCCGGAAACAGCUGAGCGGGCGGCGGCGCGGGGUCCGGGUCUGGCCGCCGCGGCCCGGGGACGCCCGCCUGACAGUCGCACCCCGCCCUCCGCCAGCCAAUCAAAGAGGCUAACUCUGCCCCUUCUCCGGAGGCGGCCAAUGUGGAGAGACUUCGGAUCCACCUCCUUCCCAGCUGAGAGCACACAACACAGCAUCCACAUGAGUAAACUGAAGCACAGUGAUUAACAUGCCCAAGGUCACCCAGCAGAGUUAUUAUACCCUAUAAUCGUAAACUUAGAAGAGAAUGAUGAAAAGGUUAAUCUAGAUGAUGACAACGUGCAGAGUUAAAAUCCAAAUGUGAGGUAAGGAGGGCAAAUAGGAAUGGAAUGGAAGGAACAGGUUUAACUUAACAAAAAUGGCUGCACAGGACUGAUUGUUUAUUGGUGCACUAAGAAGAAUUUUCCCA